UAAAAGGUUUGCCAUUGCUGGUCUAUAGUUUCUCUUUUCUGUAAGGUCUUUGGUUUUGGUAUUAGGAUAAUAGUCUUGGCUUCAUAAAAAGAAUUGCGAAAUGUUCUCUCUCUCCUUUUGUCCCUGGAAGAGCUAGUGUAGAAUUGGUAUUAAGUCUUGUUUAAAUGUUUGGUAGAAUUCUCCAGUGAAACCACUUGGGCCUGGUGAUUUAUUUUGGGAGGAUUUUAAAAUGACAAUCACUUCUUUAAUAGUUGGAGAGUGACUCAAAUGAUUCAUUUCAUAUUAGGUGAGCUGGGGUACUUUGUGAUUUCAAGAAACUAUCCAUUUCCUAUGGGUAUAGUUGUUUAUGGUAUUCUCUUAUUUUCCUUGAUGUCUGCAGGGUUUGUAGUGGUAUCCUGUUUGAUCUCUGGUGUUGAUAGUUUGUAUCUUCUCUUUGUCACACCUGCUAGGGAAUUUGUCAUUUUAAAAAAAUCUUUUCAAAGAACCAAUUUUUGUAUUCAAUUUUCAGUAUUUUCCUGGUUUUCCGAUUGUAUUGUUUGCUGCUUUUUAUCAUUUCCUUUCUGGCUUUGAAUUAAUUGUAUUCUUUUUCUAGGUUCUGGAGCCAGGAAUUUACAUGAUUGGUUUGAGACAUUCUUUUCUAGUAUGUGCAUCUAGUAUUAUAAAUUUCCCUCACCUUAAACUACAUUCCAUACAGUUUAACAUGUUCUAUUUUUAUUUGCAUUUAGCUCAUUGUAUUUUAAAAAUUACCCUUGAAGCUUCCUCUGUGACUCACAGUUUAUUUAGCAGUAUGUUGUUUUAAGUGUUUUGAGAUUUUCCUUUUUUAUUACGUGUUUUUGUUGUUUUGUUUUGUGGUGCCUGUUGAACAACAAGCCCUCUAUCGCUAAGCUCCAAUAUCUGAUUAGAUUCCAGUAUUAUCGGAGAGCAGACACUGUAAUUUCAAUUCUUUUGAGUUUGUUGAGGUUUGCUGUAUGCUCCAUGACGUGGUAUAUUUUGGUGUAUGUUUUUUGGGCUCUUGAAAAGAAAAUGUAUUUUGCCAUUAUUAGGUAGAGGUUCUGUAAUGUCAUGUCGAUUGUGUUGCUUAAUGGUGUUGCCAAUUUUUUGUAGGAAAGGUCUAGUUCUGUCAUUUGUUGGGAAAGAUAUUGAGGUCUAAAACUAAUUGAGCAUUUGUCUUUUCAGUUCCCUCGGGUUUUUUGAGACAGGAUCUUGCUGUGCAGUUCAGGCUGGCCUUGUACUCAUGCUGGCCCACGCGUGAGUACACGUAGCCCACAGUGGCCUCUAAAACACAGUGAUCCUGCUGCCUCAGCCUCUAGAGUGCUGGGAUUACAGGUGUGCACCAGCAUGGCCAGCUAGCCCUAGUUUCUUUUAGAAUGAAUUUACUAAAUUAUUUUUCUGGGACUAUUCAGCCCAGUUGAAACCAGCUAUUUCUUUUUUCUAUGCAAAUAGAUGUCAACUCUGAUAUAUGUGUAUUCGCAUAAGCAAACAAUUGUUUUGUGGUUUUUUUUGGUACCAGGGAUUGAACUCGGGUCCUUGCGCUUCUGCAGCAGGCGAUGAAACCACUGAGUUAAAUCCCCGGCCCUAGCAAACGAUUGUUUAUGUAUGCACACAUACAAUUGUGAAAGCCCUGAUUAGUUGGUUUAAUCUUAUCCCUAUAAAAUAUUUCAUUUUGAUAGACUUUAAAAUGUUAUCUGAGUGUAUUUAGAUCCCACAUGACAGUAUUUUGCUGUUAAACAUAAUAUCCUUGAAGUUCUUCACCUGAUGCUAUAUUUGAUUAUAAAUUAGGAACAUGGUUCAAUUUCACCAGGAUCUCCCCUGUUGAAUCUUCCUCUGUUGGCUCCUCUUGAUAUCUAGAGUUACUAACGUAAAUAAUUUUCUGUCAUUCUCCAUUCCUGGGUGGCUCCCCAGUCUUCACCACGGUCCAGCUGUCCCUCAGCUUUCAUGGGCCAGUUCUAAUUUUGUCUUCUGGGACUUUCCCUUUUUUCUUCCUGAGAAUAUUUGUUUUCUUUUUUAACUUGGAAGGAGUCUUUUCAGUUCACGUAUCCUUAGAAAUGCUACCUAAGGGUUGUCUCCACCUUCUCUUCCAUUUGUCGUGUUGUGCUGAGAGUGUUUAGGUUCAAGUCAGUCUCUGUGAGCUCCUCAGCCUGUGCCCGCCGCCUCUUUCUGUUCCGGACUGAGGUGGAGCCUGGACUGGGACACUGAGCCCCUCUCUUUGUGAAAGGAACCCAGCAGGGGUGGGGAAGCUGUGUGCUCUGCCUGCUACUUGCUCUUUCCUUUCAGUGGCAGGCAACUGGGAGUGGAUCCUUUGUGCCGGUCAAGUGCUGCUGUCUCGAAAAGCAGUUGUCAUCUGCUGAAUGUUUGGCUGAGAAGAAAUGGACCUGGGUGCUGUCUGUGCAGAGGUAUCAGUGAUAGAGCCCGAAAGCCCAACUGUACACAGCCCAGAUGUUUCUACUUCAAAUACAGAUGCUUUAAACCAGGAAAACCAAACUACACCUGUUUCCCAAGCCAGCACCACUCGCCCUCCCCCGACUAGUACUGAGAAAAGCCAAGGUGUGUCGGCGGCCCCCGGCACCUCCCCGGCCACCUCUCUGCUCCCAGAAGCAGCUGUUAACAAUGGAGACCCAAGCCUGGAGGAGGAGGAGGAGGAUCUCCGGGAGCCCAACAGCUCUCCCUCCCCAGCCAGAGACCCUCUGGACAACGGUGAUUACGGAGAGCCAGACUACGACUGGACCACGAGCCCCAGGGAUGAGGAGUCCGAGGAGGCUCUGGAAGAAAACAGGGGCUAUAUGGAAAUCGAACAGUCAGUGAAAUCUUUUAAGUCUCCAUCCUCAAAUAUAGAAGAGGAAGACAGCCAUUUCUUUUUUCAUCUUAUUAUUUUUGCUUUUUGUAUUGCUGUUGUUUACGUUACGUAUCACAAUAAGAGGAAGAUUUUCCUCCUAGUUCAAAGCAGAAAGUGGCGUGAUGGCCUUUGUUCUAAAACGGUGGAAUAUCAUCGUCUAGACCAGAAUGUUCAUGAGGCGAUGCCUUCUCUGAAGAUCACCAAUGAUUAUAUUUUUUAAAGCACUGUGGUUUGAGUUUGCUUAUUAUGUAAUUUCAUUUGUUUGACUUUUUGUCUGAUGCUGUGCAGGUGUUUGCCAUAGCAAUUGGCACUCAAAUGAGAGGCGGGUCUCUCUUUUGCCUUGGUGCUUUGGAAAUUCAGUGUCACAAACAGAGGUAUAUAAUUUUUUAUCUACAUUUUUAGAGCUGAUUCACCCAGGUGUCCCAAAUGUAAGUUAAGUGUAACCUUAUAUUUAUACCGUUAGUUUUUAUUAUUUUCCAUUUCUUGUACUACUUCUGGAAGCUGUAGUACCUUUAAAAGAUCCCAAACUUGUAGCUAAAUUCUAACAAAUCUAGUACCACUUUUUUAGAUUCACACUCUGCCAUCCAAAUGUGAAUUUUUUAAUAUCCAUUUCUUGGUGGUCACCAACUGUAAUGUACAAGGGUAGCCAAGGGUAGAUGUGAUAAUGCAUCACAUUUAGGUAACAUUUUGUUCUCUCAAGAAAACUCUUUGAAUGUUUUUAGGCAGCUAAAACACAGUUUAAGAUAAUGGUAUCGGUCAAUUUGACCACAAUUUUAGGUAACACAUUAAAUGUGUCUAGAAAUUACGGCAAAAAAAGGAUACCGUUUGCAGUGAACAUAGAUAAAAUGUUAUAUAGACGCCAUUGUUUGGUUUGAAUUGCUGAAUUAAGUUUAGAGAUCGAAAGUAGAAGCUAUGGUAAAAUAUUAAACACAAACAGUUUCUUUUAAUUAGUAGUUGAGUGUAGCACAGCUUCCUCCAAGUUUUCAAGCAGUGGGCAGAGUUUAAAAUGAUAUCAGAUUUGCUGGAUGUGGUGGCGCACGCCUGUAAUCCCAGCACUUGGGAGGCCGAGGCAGGGGGAUUGCUGUGAGUCCAAGCCCAGCCUGCACUACAUAGCGAGACCCUGUCUGGAAGAAAAAAGAUUAUAUCGGAUUUGUCCAUUUUGUUUUUUGUUGUGAAAUAGAUUUGAAUAGGUCCGAGGGGACAUUAUGACUUGAAUGAUACUGUAUUUAGGUCUUUGGAAUUAAAGUUAUAUCCGAAUGAAGUUGUUUGUAUACAUAAAGGGUACAUGUGUACAGUGACUUUCCCCUCCUGGACUUACUAUAGUUUCUUCUUCGUUUUUUACAGCAACUGGAAAUUACUUACCAUAUUUUAUGUUAACCUGUCUUUCUGUCAUAAAGAACCGAUCAAUAUGUAAAUAUGUGAUUUGAACCGUGGUUGACUUUCAGGCGUGGAUGCAACUUUUUAGGAAACGUGGCCUCUAGCACUGUGUGUAAGCAAAGCCCAGCGGCCAGCAGGCCAGAGCGGGUGGAGGGGAGAGGCGGUGCCGGGCCUGCUUCAUCCCAGCUGCAGCUGGCUCCGGAGGAGGAAGGGGCCACAGCAGAAAAAAACCCCUGAACUGUUCGAUUGCAGUAAUUUUUUCAUAUCUGAAAUUGUAUUAUUUAAUAUUUUGAAUAAGAUUUUAAAGAAUAAAUGGCGAAAAUGUAA